AUGGCAAAUCAGCCCACAAGUAUGGAACCAGGUUCAACAAUAACAGAAACUAUUGAAGAAAGUGAUGGUUGUCAAAAAUGCGAGGCUUCCGAAGGCGUACCCACGUUACAAUUGCGUUUGGAACCGCCUAGAGAUGAUCGGCGAGUGGUGUUCCAUGAAGGUGUGUUAGAUAACGAGCAUAUGAAUCGGAAGAAAUCCAAGUGCUGUUGCAUCUACAAAAAACCAUUGGCUUUUGGCGAAAGUUCUUCGGAAGAGGAUGACGAAUGCGAGCAUUGCUUUGGUCACCCCGAAAAACGUCAAAAAAACAAGAAGAAACUUCAGAGCUCUGUAUCACGUCCAUCUACUGAACAUUUUGAUGAACCUUCUACAUCCUCUGAGGCCCAAUCGCAGCUAGGCCAAAAUGAUAUACGUGAAACAAUCGAUAAAGUACUGCCACCAGGCUUUAAGAAAUCUGUGGAACCAUUGGUAUAGCAGAAAAAUUUAAUACACUUGCGAAUAAAUGAACAUCACCAACACGAAAUAA